AUGAUUAAUAGUAAAUUAAAUAAAGAACAAAGUAGAGAUAUUGAAGAAUUAAUUAAAUCUGGUAAAUUAAAAAAAACCAAAAUUGAUGCUGAUAUCGAAGAGUUUUUACAAGAUGUUGUAAAUAAUCGUAUCAAUAAAAUUAGAGAAACUUUAGAAGACAAAGAAAAAUGUGAUAAACUUUUAAAUUCACAUGAUGCUGCCAAAAGAACUGCUGUACUUUAUACCGCUUAUCAUAAUUAUGAAUCAUUAUUUGAUUUAUUAGUUUCAUAUAAUGCUAAUAUUAAUAUUGUUGAUUUUGAAGGAUAUUCACCAUUAAUGAAAGCAAUUAAAGUUGGUAAUGUUGUUAUGGCAAUGAAAUUAAUUAAUUUAGGAUGUGAAAUUAAUACAGUUAGUAAGGAAGGAUAUACACCACUUCAAUUGGCAGUAUUAAGUAAUGAAAAAAAGAUCAUUAAAUUAUUACUUGAAAAGAAACCAAAGAUUUCUGUUGAAAAAUCUGAAUCUGGAAGUGUAUUACAUGCUGCUUGUGGUUUAAGAGAUUUAGAAAUCAUUAAUGAAUUAGUUAAAUGUGAACCAUUACUUUUAAAUACAAGAGAUAUUAAUAAUAUGACACCAUUACAUAUUGCAAUUGCAUAUGGUAAUAGAUCAUUAGCAUUAGAAUUAAUUAAAUUAGGAUCAGAUGUAAAUGUUACAGCAAAUGAUGGCACAACACCAUUACAUAUUGCAACUGACGCAGAAGAUAUUGAAAUUUGUAAGAGUUUAAUUGAAAAAGGUGCAAUUUUAAAGAUGGAUAGUGAUGGUUUAACACCAUUACUUAUGGCAAAACAAAAAAAGAAUAAACAAUUGGAAGAUUUAAUGUCAAAUUUAACAUUGGAUGCAGAAUCAUUUAAAAAAGCAAAAGAAUCUGCACAAAAGAGUAAAGGUGGUAAAUCUGGUGGAGCCGAUGAAAGAGCAUCACCAGAAGCAUUGAAAAACAAUGGUAAUAAAGCAUUCUAUAAACAUGAUUAUGAAAUUGCACUUCAUUGGUAUCAAUUAGCAAUCGAUGUCGAAGAUGUCUUAAAUGAAAAUGUACCAAAAGAUCAAUUAAUCGCUCAUACUCUCUAUAGUAAUAAAUCAGCAUGUCAAUUCAAUCUUAAAAACUAUGAAGAAGCACUCAAAGAUGCUGAGAAAUCAAUUGAAUUCGCACCAAAAUGGCCAAAAGGUUAUCUUAGAAAAGCUCAAGCUUUAGAAGCAUUAAAUAGAAAAGAUGAAGCAAAAGAAGUUAAUGAUAAAUAUGAACAAUUAUUAAAUGAAGAAAAUAAAUCAUCACAAUCAUCAUCAAAAAAUAAAAAAAAAUAA